UCACACACAUUCAUUCCCAAAAUUUCUACACAGGCUCUUCUUCUUCGCCGACUCCAACUCCAUUUCUUCCCCAGAUCUCCCAUAACCAACAAACGACGAGCACAAGUUGCUGACCAGCAAACUGGCUAAGUUGGACUCCCAUUGAUAGAAGUACCUUAGCUUAAGCUCUAAUGGAGUUCCAUACCCUUUUCUUGCUUCAUCUUCUUCUAGUUCUUUCCCUACUACUUUUCAUGAAAAAGAAAAGAAAAAACGCUAAGAAUCUUCCACCAAGCCCACCAAAGCUUCCGAUUAUAGGCAAUUUGCACCAACUUGGUGAGCUAUCCCACCAAUCUUUGUUCAAGCUUUCUAAAAAAUAUGGCCCUGUCAUGCUUCUUCAUCUUGCUGGUAUUCCUACCGUGAUAUUAUCGUCCGCGGAGGCUGCAAAGACAGCCUUGAAAGUUCAUGAUCUAAACUGUUGCAGUAGACCCUCAUCAGCCGGACCUCGACGACUUACGUAUAAUUUUCAGGACAUUUCUUUCGCUCCUUAUGGAGAUUACUGGAGACAAAUGAGGAAAAUCUGUGUUCUUGAGCUGUUCAGCACGAAAAGGGUUCAGUCAUAUCGUUCUAUUAGGGAAGAAGAAGUUGAAUCUUUGAUGGAUUUCAUAUCGGAGUCUUCAAUCUCUUCUACUCCUGUUAAUCUUACCGAGAAGCUCUAUGCUUUGACUGCUAGUAUAAUUUUAAAACUUGCUUUUGGGAAAAGUUUCAGAGGGAGUAAUUUUGAUAACCAUAGAUUUCAUGAAGUUAUCCAGGAAAGUGAGGCUGUUUUGGGAAGCUAUUUCGCUUCUGAGUGUGUUCCAUAUGUGGGAUGGAUUAUAGAUAGAAUCACGGGUUUGCAUCAAAGGCUUGAAGGUGUGUUCAAAGAGUUGGAUAAUUUUUUUCAACAGGUUAUUGAUGAUCAUCAAAGUUCUGAGAGAAAAAAACAAGACCAAGAUGACAUUAUUGAUGUGCUUCUGAAGACAGUUAAAGAGCAAUCUGGAUUUGGCACCGCUAUGCUCUCUGAAGUCAAUAUCAAAGCAGUCCUCCUGGAUGUGUUUUUAGCUGGAGUAGAAACUAGUGCAACAACCAUGAUAUGGGCAAUGGCAGAGCUGGCUAAGAAACCAGAAUUAAUGAAGAAGGCACAAGACGAAGUUAGAAAUGCGAUUGGUGAUAAAGGAAAAGUCAGUGAAAGUGACAUUGACCAACUUCAAUAUCUCAAAAUGAUAGUAAAAGAAACUUUAAGAUUGCAUCCACCAGCUCCUUUGCUACUUCCAAGAGAAACCAUGUCCUACUUCAAGAUCAAUGGUUACGAUAUUUUCCCAAAAGUGCAAGUCCAAGUUAACGUCUGGGGAAUUGGACGAGACCCUGAAUACUGGGAAAAUCCAGAUGAAUUCGUUCCGGAAAGGUUUGCUGAUGAUUCCAUUGAUUACAGAGGGCAAGACUUUGAGUUCUUGCCAUUUGGAUCUGGUCGAAGGAUUUGUCCGGGGAUGUAUAUGGCAACAACUACUAUGGAGCUUGGACUAGCAAAUCUGCUAUGCCGGUUUGAUUGGAGAUUGCCCGAUGGAAUAAAAGAGGAAGACAUAAACAUGGAAGAGAAAGCUGGUCUCUCUCUUACAACCUCAAAGAAAAGUGAUCUUCAACUUGUCCCUGUCAAAGUUUUAUAAUUAGAAUAUAAUAAAUUAUAAUAUAAGCUAAUUACUGUUGUAAUAAUUAAAAUAUUACUUAUAGUCCUUGUGGUCGUUUGAAUAUUGAACAUAAUUGGUAAGUUUCCAACAUAAAGUUUGUGUGGCGUCUAUAAAUCUUUGUAUUAAUAAUUUCCUCGAAAUUAAUAAUUGAUUGCACUCUCUCCAUCAAA